AUGGUCCAAGUUCCCAAGACUAGAAAGACUUACUGCAAGAAGUGCAAUUCCCACACUAACCACAAGGUCUCCUAAUACAAGAAGUCUAAGGAAUCUACCCACGCUCAAGGUAGAAGACGUUACGACAUGAAGCAAUCAGGUUUUGGUGGUCAAACCAAGCCUAUCUUCAGAAAGAAGGCCAAGACUACUAAGAAGGUCGCCCUCAAGUUCGAUUGUACCACCUGCAAGACUAAGAGAGUUAUUCCCAUUAAGAGAUGUAAGACUAUUGUUUUCAUGGAUAUCACUCAAAUCAAAAAGGCUAAGGUCAACAAAAAGGACCCUAACUGGUGA